GCAGUCGAACUGAUGGAUCCGAUUGUUCGGUUCUCAUUGCGCGAUUCAGUUGUUCCUCGUCGAUCGCGGCCCGCGGAAGUGUUCAUUUCACUAUCGUGCCCCGCCGGAUUGUGCCGCCCAUUCUGACCCUUGAGUCUUCUGCUCACAUAGUUAGCUGUGAAUAUAAUUGGAGUCGCGAGCGGAUAAAUGGAGAUCCGAGUGGGAGUGGGCGAUCUGCUGAAAAUGGGCACCAAGCUCAUUGGCCACAAGAUCGUCCAGUAUCGCCUUGGCACAAAGCAGACGAAGGUGGUCUGCACCAGGGAUGGCCAGGUGCGCGGACAUCGCCGAAGGACACUCUACGACGAGGAGAUGUACUUCGCCUUCGAGGGAAUCCCCUUUGCACAGCCGCCGGUGGGGGAGCUGCGCUUCCGAGCCCCCCAGCCACCACAUCCCUGGUUGGGGGUGCGGGAUUGCACCUAUCCGCGGGCCAAGCCGAUGCAAAAGCACUUCGUGCUCAGCAUCGUCGAAGGCAGCGAGGAUUGCCUGUACCUGAACGUAUAUUCCAAGCGCCUGAGAUCGGACAAGCCGCUGCCCGUGAUCGUGUGGAUCUAUGGCGGUGGAUUCCAGUUCGGCGAGGCUGGUCGAGAUUUCUACAGUCCAGACUACUUUAUGCAGCAAGACGUAGUGGUUGUCACAUUCAAUUAUAGGGUGGGCGCAUUGGGCUUCCUCAGCCUCGCGGAUCGCGACUUGGAUGUGCCCGGAAAUGCUGGUCUCAAGGACCAAGUGAUGGCCCUUCGCUGGAUCAGUCAGAACAUAGCCCAAUUCAAUGGAGAUCCCCAAAAUAUAACCGUGAUGGGCGAGAGUGCGGGAGCAGCCUCCGUUCACGCGUUGAUGACCACCGAGCAAACCCGAGGGCUGUUCCACAAGGCCAUCAUGCAAUCGGGAUCCAUGUUCUGCGAGUGGGCCAAUGAGCCAAGUGGCAGGUGGGCAUACCGACUGGCCUGCCAAUUGGGAUACUCGGGCAGUGAGAACGAGAAGGAAGUGUUUCGAUACCUUCAGAAAGCACCCGCCUCCGAAAUGGCCGCACAGGGUAUUACUCUUGUCUCCCAAGAGGAACGGCGGCAGUACGUCCUGUUUCCCUUUACUCCCGUUGUGGAACCAUAUAUCACCAGGGAUUGCGUUUUGCCCCGUUGCCACAGGGAGAUGCUGCCGGAAGCUUGGGGUAAUGACCUGCCGCUGAUCCUGGGCGGCAACUCCUUUGAAGGUCUGUUCUCCUACCAGAGUACCCUGCACGACGAGGAACACAUGCUGAGUGCUUUUGAGGUCCUAAUUCCUCGGGAGAUCAGGGAGAAGAGUACCCAGUCGCAUCUUAAGGAUCUGCUACGUCAAUUUAAGGUGGAUAACUUCGAUGAUGCGACUCGAGGGCGAAUGGAGUUCAAUGAGUGCCUGCACAUACUGUCCGUUAAACACUUUUGGCAUGGCAUUCAUCGCACUGUAUUGGCCCGGCUCAGCCACGCCCCCGCAACGCCCACCUACCUGUACCGCUUCGAUGUGGACUCGCCCCAUUUCAAUCACUUCCGGCAGGUGAUGUGCGGAAAACACGUUCGCGGAGUUAGUCAUGCCGACGAUCUCUCCUACCUUUUCUAUCACAUUUUGGCCAACAAGGUGGAUAAGUCCUCGAUGGAGUACCAAACCAUACAGAGACUGGUGGGCAUGUGGGUGGCAUUCGCCCGAAACGACAAUCCCAAUUGUCCACAGAUCGGCCCGACCACAUGGGAGGCACUAGAUGAGAAAGGUCCGCAGAUGUGUCUCAAUAUUGGAAAACAACUGGAGUUCAUUGUGCUGCCGGAGUCGAAACAGAAUCGGAUUUGGGAUAGACUAUACGAUAAAAACGACUUGUUUUAGGUGGGGGAGUUUGUAUGCAUGUAUAUUUUGUAAAUAAAUAGCAGCUGGGUAUCGCCAAUGAAGAUUUUAAAAACAAUUUUAAUUAAUAAUUGAAUAAAAUUUGAAAUAUUCAUGUUUGCUGUCAACAUAGCCCUACAAAUAUCGCUUAACGUGCUGUAAUCGAAAAUGAAACUAAACUUACAUUUCAACGUUGGCCAUAGGCUAAACAAGGCCUAGAAAAAUAUAUUUUAAAAAAUUGU